GAUUUUGAUAAUCAGAAGGUGUAUCUGGUUCACAGAACUGAAGAGAAUGACAGCACAGGCCAGCCGUGCGAAGCACAGAUCCUUGCGCUCGCAGGUAAGUUGGCUAGGUAGCCACACUUCUUUUGUCUAACGCAGUGUCUUUGUCUCCAGAAUAUCAUCGUUGUGCACGGAAGCCGAACAUGUGUUUCGGUUGAUCUGUCAAGACCGGGGCAGCAUGAAUCUCGCACUGACAGCCACAACAAGAUCACGUCCAGCUAGCCAGCGAUAUGGCUAGCUGCGUUUGCUAAAUGCGCUAAAGUUAGCUAGUUAGCCGUAUCUUGACAUAAUGUCAUUAAGUCAUAUGUUACCUAAAGUGAAAAGUGUUCGGACACUGUAUGUAUGCGGCGAGUGAUCGGUGAUUAUCCUGCAUACUACGUGGCAUGCAACCCGAGACUGUAGAGGAAUUUGAAGACAGUAUAAUGCAAAAGAAGAUGAAAAUUCCCAAGAUGUCUAUCAAAUAUUCAGGAAAUUCAAUUGAGAACCAUUUUGAAGAGGAUAGGCUGCCUCUGAGACAUAAAAAGGCCUCGCCCCAGGACCACGGCCGCCCUACCUCGACCUCCUCAAAGAGCCUGGCGGCAGUGGUGGCACGGCUGGAGAGGAACGCCGCCAGCUCCUGCACGGAGGGCGAGGACUAUCUGGAGGAAGACCGGCUCAUGGAAGAGGAGGAGGACGGGUAUUACGAAGAUGAAGACACGGAAGGGGAGCAACAGCAUCUCCAUCAGCACCACCAUCACCACCACCACCACCAGCGACGGCCACAGCAGCAGCAGCAGCAGCAACAGCAGCAGUUCCCAGGAGAGGAACAUCCAGAGGAGCUGGACCAGCGGCGGCAGCACGAUGCGGAGACGGACUGCGGGUCAGAGGAGUCGUUGGCGGCGGCGGCGGGCGCAGUGCCCCGGGUGCUGUACGAGGAGCUAGUGCACAGCUACAGGCAGCAGGAGGAGGAGAUGAGGAGGCUGCAGCAGGAGCUGGAGCGCACGCGGAGGCAGCUGGUGCAGCAGGCCAAGAAGCUGAAGGAGUACGGUAGCCUGCUGACGGAGGUCAAGGAGCUGAGGGACUUCAACAGGCGGCUGCAGGACGUGCUUCUCAUGAGGCUGGGCAGCGAGCCCAUGCAUGACAAUGGCACUCAGACAAUGAAGGCGGAGGCGGUGGAGCCCAUUGUAGAGGUCCAGGAGAUGAGCAGGGAAGAAGCCAACACCAGCUCCAGCCACUCGCCGUCUCCGCGAGCGGUGUACACCUGCAACGACGGCAAGGUCCAUCUAGGAGGGGGCAUCUGGGUGGAGGAGGAGAAGUGGCACCAGCUCCAGCGCACCCAGGGAGACUCCAAGUUCACCAAGAACCUGGCGGUGAUGAUCUGGGGCACGGAGACCCUGAAGAACCGCAGCGUCACCGGUGUGGCCACCAAGAAGAAGAAGGACGCGCUGCCCAAACCCCCGCUCUCACCCAGCAAGUUAAAGAUAGUCCGAGAGUGUCUGUACGACCGCGUGUCACAGGAGACGGCGGACAGCGCCGAGAUCACGCAGAGACUCUCCAAGGUGAACAAGUACAUCUGCGAGAAGAUCAUGGACAUCAACAAGUCCAUCAAGAACGAGGAGCGCCGCGAGUCCAAGCUGCUCAUCAGGCAGACGGUCAAGAUGGAGAACUACGCCUACGACGCCAUGUAGCGUCCCUCUCUCUCCCUCUCUCUCUCUCUCUCUCUCCCUCUCUCCCUCUCU